UUUCCCUGAGGGACAGACACCUUUUGGAUAGAGGGUGGAACCAGCUUCCUCUUACCAUCCCAGCUUGCUUUUCCUCCUCGGGCCUGGUGCAGGUGCCUUUCGAGGAAGCAGGUGGGAAACUGUGAAGGUCAGUGGGCCCUGUUGCAAGCUUCCUAACUCAGGCCUUCAGUUUCCUGAGAGGAGAAAUAAGAGAGGGCAGGCCUGGUCCCAGCUCUGGCUCUCUGCCUCUCCACGUGCUCGUGGCCUCUCCCAGCCUGGUGCUAAGCAGUGUCAUGAGUCUGGACCAGGUGGGAGAUUAAGUCUUGGGCGUGGGGGCACUUCGGGACUGAGAAGGGGGAGGAAUGACAGGUCCAAGGUCACCAACAGAGGGGCAGCUGCCAUCCUUGACAGACGCCUCCUCCUGGAAGUCUAUGACAGAGGUGGUCAGGAACCCCAGCGGGAAAAAGACAGCCAAGAAGAGGGCCUGGGCACGCUGGCCUGGGCCAAGCCCCAGCAGCCCUGGCCCCUCCCCCAAGCCCUCCCCCACCCACACUUAAUACUUCUGGCAUCCGGGCCGCCCGCUGUGGACUUGGGCCUUAGCUGUAGCUAGUGUGGGAGCUUGAAAGACUGGGAGCAGCGUCUCGCAAACAAAGCAAAAGAAGUUGUUUCAGGCCUUAUAGUAGCUGCCAGCUUUCCCCAGAGGAGGUAAGCAGGGUGCUGGGGGCGGGGUGCCACUACAAGACUAGCAAGUAUUUGAUAACUCAGAGCUUUAAGCUGUUAACAUGCUUCCUCACAUAUUAACCCCUUUGGUCCUCCCCAACUCCCAGGUGGGCGUGGUGGGUGUUAGCCACACUUGGUAGAUGAGAAGACAGGUUCAGAGAUGCACUGAGAUGCUCAGCGUCACAGCAGGUUGGGGGCCACAAGGACUAAAAUGCAGGGCUCUUUGUCUCGUAUGUGUCUCCAAAAACAAGCCCUGGCUGACAGUUCAGGUGUCCCUAGUUUAGCAGGAGCAAAGAUGGCAGACAAGAUCCGUCUGCUCUCAUGCAGCACGUCUGCACACGGGGCUCGAGGUUUUCGCUAAGUUAGCUACAAAUGUAGGGUCCGCCCACACCUUUGCUUUGCUUAGAUGAGCCACAGUUUGCCAAUUAUCUGCCAAGCAAAUAAUUUCUCAAUCUGCUCGGACCUGAGACUUCCAGCUGGGGGGACAUUAGGGGCAAAGGCUUGAGGGCCAGAGUAGACUAAACAAGUCUUCCUGCCCGGCCUCAGCUGCCACCUGCAGGUCACUGGGGCUCCGGCCAUGUGGCUGCCUCUGUUGCUGGGAGCCUUGCUCUGGGCGGCGCUGUGGCUGCUCAGGGACCGGCAGAGCCUGCCCGCCAGCGAUGCCUUCGUCUUCAUCACGGGCUGUGACUCAGGCUUCGGGCGGCUCCUGGCACUGAGACUGGACCAGAAAGGCUUCCGAGUCCUGGCCAGCUGCCUGACCCCCUCAGGGGCAGAGGACCUACAGCGGGUGGCCUCCUCCCGCCUGCACACCACCCUGCUGGAUGUCACUGACCCCCAGAGUGUCCAGCGGGCAGCCAAGUGGGUGGAGACAUGUGUCGGGGACGCAGGGCUUUUUGGUCUUGUGAAUAAUGCUGGUGUGGCUGGUGUCAUUGGGCCAACACCAUGGCUGACGCGGGAUGAUUUCCAUCGGGUGCUGGAUGUGAACACACUGGGGCCCAUCGGGGUCACACUCGCCCUUCUGCCCCUGUUGCAGCAGGCCCGGGGCCGAGUGAUCAACAUCACCAGUGUCCUGGGUCGCCUGGCAGCCAAUGGUGGGGGCUACUGUGUCUCCAAGUUUGGCCUGGAGGCCUUCUCGGACAGCCUGAGGCGGGACGUGGCUUCUUUUGGCAUCCGAGUCUCCAUCGUGGAGCCUGGCUUCUUCCAAACCCCUGUGACAAACCUGGAGAGUCUGGAGGACGCCCUGCAGGCCUGCUGGGCACGGCUCCCUCCAGCCACAAGGGCCCACUAUGGGGAGGCCUUCCUUACCAAGUACCUGAAAGUACAGCAGCGCAUCAUGAACCUGAUCUGUGACCCGGACCUGACCAAGGUGAGCAAGUGCCUGGAGCAUGCCCUGACUGCUCGUCACCCCAGGACCCGCUACAGCCCAGGCUGGGACGCCAAGCUGCUCUGGCUGCCAGCCUCCUACCUCCCAGCCAGCCUGGUGGAUGCUGUGCUCACCUGGGUCCUUCCCAAGCCUGCCCAUGCCGUCUACUGAGUCCAGCCCUCCAGCAAGACGUUUUUCUUCCAGGACAAAGACUGAUUUAUUUCUGUCCCCACCCUGGUACUGCCGGGUGCCUGGCACAAAAUAGGCACUCA